AUCCAACUCCCGCUCUGAACUCUCUAACCACCAAAAUAACAAAUUCAAAUCGAUGAAAAUUCAAGUAUAAUCAUGUGACGCAUAUUUCUUCGAAUGAUACGGUAAUAUCUGGCGGUGGUGCUGCUGGUGGCUGGUGCUGGUCGCGUGAUUCAUCGAGGCCACAGGUUGAGCGGGUCAGGGACGCAGUUUCUGUGGCUUCAGGUCGGUGCACGUACAACCUGGAUUUCUGCACGAUUUAACGCGUAGCGUUGUCGUCGGGGGCUUCGCCAGCUAACAGACGAACGGGAUGAUACAGUUCCUCGCCGGGGACGAUAACAGACGGGUUCUGCUUGAUUAAUCCCGCGUCUUUAUCGGCUCGUUAGGACGGCCCGCUGAAACGGACAUUGUGUGGAUCGUGUGUUGUGCAGAAAGUGAGAACAUAGUUAUACAUCGUGGCUUCUUGAUGCGAGUUGGAUGGUCCGUUGAGGCGGAAACGAGAAAGAGGAAGUGCCGUGAUAUUUAAGAGAAAUGGGACUGGCAGAGAGUGAAGCCGAAAUGCAGGAGUUAGAAACAUCAAGACCUGGUAGAUCGCGAGAUCUCUUUGGUGUUCAGCUGGAGGUAACUUCCUUGCUUCUGGAAGGUGAACGCCGAAAGCUGACAGUUCUUCAACGAGAAUUACAAGUUGCACUCGAAGAAGGAGGAAGCGUGAAAGUUAAGGAGAAGCAAAGGCAGGAGUUGCUGCACGCCAUAUCGAAAAUUCAAGGACAACACGAGCAACUCGACAAGGAAUAUAGAAUCCACGCUGCCGGUGUUCUCUUAUGCAACUCAAGGGGCUCCGGGAAGGUAAGCGUUUUGUCAUUAUUCCUUCCUUUCCUUCCGUGA